AAACGACAGAAGCGGUUUUUUCUCUCUCUGAAUUUCAUUCUUUUUUUCUUUCUUUUUUUUACCCCCUACUUUUAUGAAGAAAACAAACUUGCAAAUUAUUUACUUGCAGUUGUGCUAAGACUUUGCUGUUUUGUGUGAGGCUGGUGAAUUCAAUGUGACGCGCAGUGAUGAACGGCAGCUCGAACCCGCCUCUGGAUAAAGAAGAGCAUGUGUUAAAGCUCGGAGACAGUUUUGAGAAGAGACCAAAAUCAUCUUUUCACACCAUCAGAUAUGAUUUUAAACCAGCAUCCAUAGAUACAUCCUGUGAAGGAGAAUUACAAGUAGGAAAAGGAGAUGAGGUUACCAUCACAUUACCACACAUACCAGGCUCCACUCCACCAAUGACAGUGUUUAAGGGCAACAAAAGGCCAUAUCAGAAAGACUGUGUUCUCAUCAUCAACCAUGACACCGGAGAGUUUAUGCUGGAAAAGCUCAGCAGCAGCAUACAAGUCAAGAAAACAAGAGCUGAGGGAAGCAGUAAGAUCCAGGCUCGUAUAGAGCAGCAGUCAGUGAGAGCUAACCAGCUGACGGCACAGUUCCGCACCCCCAUGAAGCCCGGAGCGGGAGCGAAGACCUCACCAACCAAAGACAACCCUUCACCUGAGCCUCAGCUGGACGACAUCAAACGAGAGCUGCGGGCCGAGGUGGAUAUGAUUGAGCAGAUGAGCAGCAGCGGCAGCAGCAGUUCGUCAGACUCUGGCAGUUGUUCUGGCAGUGGUAAUGACAGCUGCAGUGAUGGAGAACAGGAAACUCAUCUGUCCCCCAGCAGGAACAACAUGGCCAAUGGAAUGAACAAGUCACAAGGCAGCAAUCAGCUGAUGAACACACUCCGAAAUGAUCUUCAGCUAAGUGAAUCUGGCAGUGACAGUGACUAGACUGACCUCCUAGCUGAUGUUCAGCACUUACAAACAUAGAUUGUGUUUCUCUGCGUUACGUGCUUUCAUAGAUGAAAUCAGUCUUUUUGCAGUUGUUUCAUAGAUAUCAGUGCUUUUGCAGUGCUAUCUUGAGCUUUUAAUGGCUUCAUGUUAACAUGGAGAUAUCAAAGAAAGUGUUGAAGAAUGUAAAAUAAUUUUAAUAGAUUUUAUUUUUAUUGCAAAGGGAAAUUUUUGAACAGAUAAGGUUGUGUAAAUCAUUAAAAUUGAAUAUUGUACCUUUGGUUGUUCAGUAUUUUUAUGAAGCUAAAAAUCAUCAGUCAGCACGGCUUGUUUAUUGCACUUUUCCCCUCGUUUUCAGUGUUACAUAAACCAAAUUAAUUGCAUGAUCGUUUAGAAUUCAGUGGCAAACGGCAAGUACAAAUGAUUUUGUCGCAUUUUUUGUGACAUAAGGGUCACAACCCCUCACGUAAAACAUUUUAAAAUACUCAUUGUCUCCAAAUAUCUGUAUGUGGUUAUCUAUAGAAGUGUAUACUGCUGGUUUAACCAAAAAUAAAUUGUUUUAUUGCACUGUACACAAUAUUAAUGUUGUAAAUAGCAUCUGUAAUGUAAGAUAAAAGUCAAAAACAAACUGUCAGUGGGUCUGAGUGAUUUAUCAUUAUUAUUUACUUUUCAAAUAUCAUCAAUGCUUUAUCUUUUUUUAUAAAGUAGUAUAUUGGUCAUUGACAAAAAAUGACAUCACAAAUGCAUGCUGAAGUUACCUCCAUGUAAAAAUCGUCUGC